UAUAUAUUAUAGUUAUUGAUUUCUUCUUCUCCAAAUUUGAUCGGUUACCGGAAAAGUUCGUGAUUUUCGAGCGGAAAAGUGUAUUCCGGCGAUGCUAUUGAGCUGUGGAGAGAUUUAUUUUAGGUGAUUCGUUGUGUAAAAUCGAGGAGAAGAUGAAUAGAGUGAACGGAGAGCAGAGAGGAGUUGAUAGCACUUUGGAGACUAUAAACGCUGCUGCAAAUGCAAUCGCUUCGGUUGAAAAUCGUGUUCCUCAAGCUUCGGUUCGGAAACGAAGAUGGGGAAGCUGCUGGAGCAUGUAUUGGUGUUUUGGCUCUCAGAAACAGACAAAACGAAUUGGACACGCAGUUUUUAUUCCAGAAACAACACCCUCUGGGGAAGAUAGACCUACUUCUAAUACUUCAAGUCAAGCUCCUUCUAUACUGCUUCCCUUCAUUGCACCUCCCUCAUCUCCUGCAUCUUUCUUGCCAUCAGAACCUCCUUCAGCAACGCAUUCACCAGUUGACUCAAAAUGCCUUUCUAUGUCUACAUAUUCUCCCAGUGGACCCGCCUCAAUUUUUGCUAUUGGGCCAUACGCUCAUGAACCUCAACUGGUCUCUCCACCUGUAUUCUCUACAUUCACUACUGAACCAUCUACUGCUCCAUUCACCCCUCCUCCUGAGUCAGUCCACUUGACUACACCCUCAUCACCUGAGGUACCAUUUGCUAAGCUUCUUGACCCCAACUACCAAAAUGUUGCUGCUGGUCACAGAUAUCCUUUUGCCCAGUAUGAAUUUCAGUCAUACCAACUUCAACCAGGGAGUCCAGUCAGCAAUUUGAUCUCGCCUGGGUCAGCCAUCUCUGUAUCUGGAACCUCAUCUCCUUUUCUUGACCGUGAGUUUACUCCUGGACGCCCUCAGUUCCUGAACCUGGAGAAAAUAGCCCCUCACGAAUGGGGAUCUCGGCAAGGAUCUGGGACUUUGACCCCUGAGGCAGUAAACCCCAAAUAUCAUGAUAAUUUCCUUCUCAAUUAUCAGAACUCUGGUGUUCAUCGUCUUCCAAAGCCCUUUAAUGGAUGGAAAAAUGAUCUAACAGUGUUUGAUCAUAGAGUUUCUUUCGAGAUAACUGCAGAAGAUGUUGUGAGGUGUGUGGAAAAGAAGCCAACUAUGAUGAUGAGAACUGGAUCAGUGUCUCUCCAGGAUGCAGAUUGUAGCACUAGAAGACAGGAAAACCUGGCUGAAAUGUCAAAUGGACACGAGCACAAUGGACAUGAGCCUUCCAGCGAAAUACGUGAGGGAUCAUCUACUGACGGAGAGGAUGGACAGAGGCAGCAGAAGCACAGAUCCAUCACUCUUGGAUCCUCGAAGGAAUUUAACUUUAACAAUUUGGAUGGAGGAUAUCCUGAUAAAGCUACUAUCGGUUCUGACUGGUGGGCCAAUGAGAAGGUUCUCGGAAAAGAACCCUGCAAUAACUGGAUCUUCCCUAUGAUGCAGCCCGGUGUCAGAUAACUGGUUUGCAUCCCUGUAGUAAAUCCACACCAUACUAAUAAGAUGCUGUUCAGCUGCCCUAAACUUCAAUACAACCAGCAGCAAAUACCGGAAACUCUUGAUAUCAAAAUGUGCAAGGGCGACGAGGUGUUGAAGGGAAAUGAUAUGUGCAGCAGAACUGAUAUAGGAAUUGAUACGAACGAAGGCUGUUUUUUUUAGGGCACUUCCUGAACCUAGGAUAAGAUAGAUAGGGAUGUAUUUUAGGAAUUACCAUUUGAUAAAACUAGUUUUGCUCUCCCCCAGUGAGUUUUUACAUUUAACUAAUAGUCUCUACUUUUUCUGCUUUCUAGCUCUUCUAUGUGUAAUAACAUAAAUAAUUUGUUAAAAACAAUGUAGACGAUAAUGUUCAUUUUGUUUGUUACAAGUUUGAUUUUUGCAAUAAUGAACUGAGGAGUUUGAAUAGAGCGACAUGGAAUGUAAGAAUCUGAAAAGACAAUAUCAUCCGUAAAGCACCUACGUGAGAUGUCUUGGUUGAUGGCACCUUAUGGGAUUGAGGCGUACUUGUUGUUCUUAUUUUGA